ACGUCGAAACGACGAGAAACGACAGGUGACGGACUACGGGAGACGAGGAGAGACGUUUCUAAGGCUUUUUUCAGCAAUUAAAAAAUGUUGGACAUUUUAUCGCUCGUCUCGCGAAAUUUUUCCUGAACGCGUAUUAUUAUCGUCGCGUUUUUUAAUCGCGUGCACAUUUUUUUUCGUAUUUCACCGUCCGUGAACGUCGAGGAAAGAAAUUGGGGGUUAUGAGGCACCAACGGCACUGUCGUAGUGGUCGCGCCAUCGGACGAUAUUUUUGCAUUAUUCCCGAAAUCAUUUCCAGAGGAUUGCUUAACCAUGGCGGAGACGUGCAAGGAAUGUGGCUGUAAGUGCGGAACUUGCAACCAAGACAGUCAGCAGCAGUGUGACAUGCAUUUGCAUGUGGAGAUAGAGAACUUGCGUCAGCGUCUUCUCGAGAGAGAUAAUCAUAUUGUAACUAUGGAAACGCAAUUCUUAAACGAGGCUGAUAAGUUUCCAAAUGGAGAACUUGCUUCUAUGAAAGAGGAAUUAUUAAUAUGGCAGGAAAAAUAUUCGCGUCUGCACGAGGCGCACAAGAGGAUUCAAAAAGUCAAUCAAAAUCUGGAAGAUAAAUUGCUACGAAUUGUAGACAAAUGUGAGACAGAAAAAGGUGCCUUUACAAAGGACAUAGCAACUCUGUCUCACAGAUUGGCAGAUGCUAAUUACACAAUUCAUCGGUUAACACAAGAUAAUGAAAAAUAUAGAAAUGAUGUUAAUUUGGCUAUCCAAUUGCUGCAGUGCAAACCUUCGAAUUUUGUUGGUCAAAAAUAUGACUCGCUGCCUUCUGAGAUGCAAGCUAAAGUGCGAACGUACGUUGCGCAGAAGCGAUGCUCCGCGCAAGAUGCAACGCAACAGGACAUGAAGAGCAUCACUGUGCCGAUAUCUACGUUUCCGCCAACGGCAAUGGUGUACAAUAUCACGAAGCCGACAGUGGAUAAGCAUAGCGAUGACGAUAGCGACGACGAGAAACCGGCAAUGGAUGUCGUAUCGGCAGCCAUUAUGGCAAAAGUGUUGGAGGAUCGCGAGAAGGAGAGAAUUUUUGCCAAACACUGCGACACGUGCACGUGUCACAGGAGUAUCCUUAUGGUGGAUGCUGAAACGCAAACAUGCGUACCCAACGCGCCUUCCUUCUCUCAGGGACAUACGUACAAUAUUGACAAGCAGACAUUGGAAAAUAUAUUGAACAAUGAGAUCCAUCAAAGCAAAGACAAACUCCAACCGAGCCUCGCAACGCACGCGGUCUUUUAUGAAAUCAACGAGAACAGCGAUAAAGUUUGCCGUCAGAUGAACGGCGACUGUUCCAAGUAUGCCUCGCAGCCUAUCAAGGACAAGUUCGUCAGCAGGAGCGGCAGAAAUACGCAAGACAGUACGACGGAGGAUAACUGUGCAACUUCAAAGACCAGCUUGAACAAAAAGAAUUCGUCCCACGACAGCAAGCGUUCGCCAUCGUUCUCGAAAUUAAAUGAUCUCAAUAGAAUAAACAACGAUAAGGCGUCCAAGAAUCAGCUCAGGGCGAAUAACAAUAAAAACUGCGAUUCUUCAGAUAAUAGAUUCGCUACGAGAUGUUGGAACAAGAGUGAUAAAAGUUCCUUUGUCGGUUCGAUUUCAGGUUCUGACAACCGACUUUCCGACAAAGAACAAACGCACAUUGAUAUAAUUAACGAUAGGUUAUGGAAAAACGAGUGGACAAAAAUGAGAUCGGAGACAAUUGUCAUGAGAGAGAAUAAAUGUAAAACGAAUCGCAAUAUUGAGAUUGACAUUAUCAAUGAUCGUGAUUGGAAGAACGACAGAUUGACAGCGCGGAACUCAACGCAGUUCACUCUAAUCGAGGUCAAAAGUACGGACAACAGCGCAGCGAAUCACAACGACGGCAGUCAGACAGAAGCGACCAGUCCGAGCUUCAGCAGCGACAGCAUGGUCAUCUCUAGCUCCGAUCCGUCCAGCAGUUGUAGCGACGUCGCACAAUCUCUGACCGGCGGCGCCUUCAACUCUAGCGCCAAAUCCAACUCGAAUCAGAUUCGCGUGACCGGUCCGCGAAAUUGCCUGAUGCGCGUUACUCCUGGCUCGAAGAACAUCCUGCUGGACAACGCCGGGCAUUAUAAGGCUGUGGUGUACAGUAACGGUAGCAGCGGCAAAGCCAAUACCGCUUUGGUUCACGCAAAGAAAGGAUCUCGGGCAGGAUCUGAGCGAUCAAUAUCCACCAGCAGUGAAGACAAUUUGCCACUGGUGCUGUUGCAGGACAACCACUUGCAACGUGUGGCCGAGUGGGUGCAAUCGUCAAUGUACGUGGACGAUCUCACGCAAUUCAAUAGCAAUAAGAUCAAGUGUACGGAGAACAUCACGAACGACAAUUCAUCGUCAGUAUAUCCGAUCGAUCCUUCGACGAAGUCUUCGGAACAGGAUAUUCUGAUUCGCAACUUUCGAGACGCGUCGAAUAACUCAUCGAAGAACGCUGAGGAAUGCAGCAAAAACUGUGUAAAUAACAAGCUCAGCAAUAUUAAUUCUUUGCCAGAUUGUACGGAACACGACGAGAGCGAGAAUCUCAUAAUGUUUGAGGUGUCGGAAAAGCAAUUGUCAAAAGAUUCUCGCAAGAAGGAUCUAGAUUACGAGGUAAAGAUCACAAAGGAGAUGGAGGAGACGUAUCUGAAAUUGGCAGCGAGUUUGGAUCCCGUUGCAUUGAGUCUGUCGAGCAGCACCAGCGAUGCCGAAUUAACGAUUGAGAAAUACAGAAAAGAUAAAAGGCUUCACGUACAGAGAAUCCAAGACAAGGCGGGAUCAAAAACUUAAUCCUGUAUCUCGCGAAUUCUUAAAAAAAAAAA